CGAUCGGUGGCUACCUUCCCCGAAUUAGGCCACUACCGUCGCCGCCCUCCCGAAUCGCGCCACCACCACUGCCCCGCCCCACGGCACAGCUCCUGGCCUCCCAGCGAGCCGCCGCCCCACCCCGCCCCUCGCACUGCCUCCGUUCCUCCCAGCGCGCUGCCGCCCUGCCCCAUGGUGCCCAGCUGCUCCACCCUCCACUGCCUGAUCUCCGCCGCCCACCGGACCUGAUGAUCAGCGCCACCCUUGGCCACGGAUAGGGGCUGCAGCCUUCUCGAGGCACUGUUGCGACCUUCCUAGAGGGGCCACCGCGACCUUCCCCAGCUCUGCCCUUUGUUGUGACUGCCGUCGGCGGCCUUCUAUCCACGCUGGAGCUGCCCCCCGCCUGGAUCCGGCCUCGCACAGCCCCCUCGCCUGGAUUUGGCACCGGCUGCCGUGCCACCCCCACGCCUAGGUCCGGCCGCUGCAGUGCACUUGCCCCACUCCUAGGUCUGGCAGUCGCGCCUCCCCCGCUCUUGGGUCCAACCAUCAGCACCCCCACCCAUAGCACACGAGCGCCGAGAUCCACUGCCAGUCCCCAAACACACCGCCCAAGGGCCCAUGCCCCAUCCCCCGACAUUAUCCCGCCUCACUGGCGCACCAUGGACGUCUUCCUCUUCUGCCUAGAACUUCCUCUCCAACCUCUUGCCUUGUCGGUGUUCCAUUCAUUCCGCUCAACAUGGCUCUUCAGGUGUGGAUGGUUGGGGAGGACGGUGAGGACCUCAAGAACCACAAGGAGCUCCUACCUCUCUCCAAGCUCCAAGAGAUUGGUGUGUUAUAUUGGCAUUUGGACCCAAAGAGGCCAGAAAGCGAAGAAGAGCUAGCGAAGAUCCGCAAAGACAGAGGAUAUAACUACAUGGAUCACCUCAAUAUAUGCCCUGGAAAGUUAGCAGACUUUGAGGAGAAGCUCAAGAACUUCUUCACAGAGCACAAGCAUGCCGACGAAGAGAUCCGCUACAGCUUGGAAGGCGGCGGGUACUUUGAUGUGCGCGACAAGGAUGACAAGUGGGUUCGGAUCUGGAUAAAAGAAGGGGAUAUCAUCGUGCUGCCGGCUGGAAUUUAUCAUCGGUUCACCCUCGACGCCGCCAACCAAGUGAAGCUCAUGAAGCUCUUCCUAGGAGAACCAGUGUGGACAGUGCACAACCGGCCUCAGGAGGACCAUCCGGUGUGGCAAGAGUAUGUGAAGAGGCUAACGGACGACAAUGCUGGUGGCCUCGCUGGCGCACCAUGGACGUCUCUGCUGCUGGCAAACGGCAAAAAAAGGAUUGGCCGAUCCAGUCGAGCAAGCUGUGGAAGAACAACUCGACUUAUGUAUGCUUUUUUAUCUAAUAUGGCUUAUUGUACCGCCGCCGCUGUUUUCGGUUUUUUGCUCACAUGCACUGUAUUUGUUGGAUGUAAUGCCUGAGAACUAGCCUAGGAAUAGAUGCAGUACGUUGCUGGAGUUUGUCCAACUUUUAGUCAAAUAGAAAAUUUUGAUGAAAUGCACGCAGUUGUUGUUCGGCAGUGAAAUUCAUAGUCUUUGCAGUACCCA